UUUUCAAGCCUUCCUGAGAUGGAUGACCAAGGGUGUCCGAGAUGCAAGACAACAAAAUACAGGAAUCCUUCCCUGAAACUGAUGGUGAAUGUUUGUGGACACACGCUAUGUGAGAGCUGUGUGGACAUGCUGUUUGUGCGCGGCUCUGGGAACUGUGUACAGUGUGACACACCCUUGAGGAAGAGCAACUUCCGUGUGCAGCUCUUCGAAGACCCCACAGUCGACAAGGAGGUGGAAAUUCGCAAGAAGGUGCUCAAGAUUUACAACAAGAGAGACUUUGACUUCUCCAGCCUGAGAGAAUACAAUGACUAUCUGGAACAAGUGGAGGAGAUUGUCUACAACCUGACCAACAACAUAGAAGUGGAGAGGACCAAACAGAUCAUGGAGGCAUACCAGAGAGAGAACCGGGAUGUCAUCCAGAAGAACAAGGCCAAGCUGACGCGGGAACAGGAGGAGCUGGAGGAGCUUCUGCUGCUGGAGCAGCAGGACAACGAGCAGCGCAGGCUGGAGACUCUGCAGGAGGAACAGAGGCAGCUACAGGCCAAGAGGAAGAACAAGCAGGCUCUACUGGAUGAACUGGAGCGCUCUCAUGUCCCCGCGACCAUCCUGCUGGCACAACACAAGGACCGGGCUACCCAGCUGGAGAAUCAGAUUGAAAAGCAGAAACAGGUUGUCAAAACCACCAUCUUCUCCACUGGCAUCCCUAUGGGUCAGACUGUGUUGUUGCAGCCUGUUGCCCGUAUAGCGGAGGUUCUGUACAGCUACAAACCCAUUGAAAUCAACACCUACGGACCCCCCGUGCCUGAACUGGAGCAGCUGGGACGGCUCGGGUAUUUGAACCACGUGCGUGCUGCCCAGCCACAGGACAUGGCUGGAGGAUACACCUCAGGACUGGCGUGUCAUCGAGCCAUACAGGAUGCCUUCAGUGGGCUUUUCCCUCCACUGGGUUGACACCCCGCCCUCCCCCCCGCCCCCCGAGUCUGUGAGAGGAACUCGGGAAUACAAGGCUGUAAAUAUGACUCUUGUCUCUGGAUCCACCCUGCGUGACACUGGGGAGUGAGACAUGGACUGCUAUGAAUGCUGGACAGCGGACUGAUAAGGCAGAUCAGGAUGCCUAUGUUGCUAUUUUUGUACAAUUUUCAUUUGUAUUAAAACAUUUUUUUUUAAAUAA